CAAUCAGUGUGUCCACAGCCGAGCCUGAAGGAGCGCAAGCAUGGUGCUCUGGGGUCUCGUGCUGGGUGCCCUGCUGGUGGCCGUCCUGGGGUUCCUGAGCCUGCCGGGGCUGUUCCGACAACAUAGGCCCCAGGAGCCCCCUCUGGACAAGGGCCCUGUGCCUUGGCUGGGCCACGCCAUGGCUUUCCGGAUAAAUAUGGUUGAGUUCUUGAGACGGAUGCAGGCCAAGCAUGGGGAUGUGUUCACCGUGCUGCUCGGUGGCCAGUACUUCACCUUCGUCAUGGACCCUUUAUCCUUUGGUCCUAUUCUGAAGGACACCCAGAGAAGACUGGACUUUAUCGAGUACGCCAAAGAACUCGUGCUGAAGGUUUUUGGAUACAAGCCGCUAGCGGAGGACUACCACAUGAUACACUCGACCAGCACCAAGCACCUGAUGGGGGGCGGCUUAGAGGAGCUCAACGAGGUCAUGCUGGACACCCUGUCCUUGGUCAUGCUGGGGCCAAAGGGCCGGCGUCCGUCGGCCAGCGGCUGGCGUGAGGACGGCCUCUUUCACUUCUGCUACAACACCUUGUUCAAAGCGGGCUACCUGAGCUUGUUCGGCCGGACGCCAGACGCGGCUCAGGACCUGCUGGAGGCCGAGGAGCUGUUUGUGGAGUUCCGCCGCUUUGACGUCCUGUUUCCCAGGUUUGUCUACUCGGUGCUCUGGCCCCGGGAAUGGCGACACGUGGGCCGGCUACAGCGCCUGUUCCACAAGGUGCUCUCAGUGCGGCACAACCUGCAGAAGGAGGGGGUCAGCCGCUGGAUUCUGGACAUGCUGCAGCAGCUGCAGGCACUGGAGGUGGCUCCGGCCAUGCAGGACAAGUUCAACUUCAUGAUGCUCUGGGCCUCCCAAGGGAACACGGGGCCUGCCUCUUUCUGGGCCCUCAUGUUCCUCCUCAAGCACCCGGAUGCCAUGCGGGCUGUGAAGGAGGAAGCCACCAAGGUCCUGGGGAAGGCCAGCCUGGAGGCCACGCAGUCCUUCUGCUGCGACCCUGGUGUUCUGAAACACACCCCGGUGCUGGACAGCGUGAUGGAGGAGUCCCUGCGCCUGGGGGCUUCGCCCACUCUCCUCCGGGCAGUGCAGGUGGAUUUCAACCUGAAGAUGGCCAGUGGGGAGGAAUACCUGCUUCGCCGUGGAGACAAGGUGGCCAUCUUCCCCUACCUGUCAGUCCAGAUGGACCCGGAAAUCCACCCCGAGCCCACCAAGUUCAAGUACGACCGCUUCCUCAACCCGGAUGGCAGCCGCAAAGUGGACUUCCGCAAGAGGGGCAAAAAGAUACCAUACUACAACAUGCCGUGGGGGGCGGGCGUCUCCAUGUGCCCCGGGAGGCACUUCGCCCUCAGCGAAAUGAAGCUCUUCAUCCUGCUCAUGGUCACCUACUUUGAGGUGGAAAUGGUGGAUCCGGACGCACCCGUGCCCCCGGUGGACCCCCGGCGCUGGGGCUUCGGCACCACCCAGCCCAGCCACGAUGUGCGCUUCCGCUACCGCCUGCGGUCUGCUGAGUGAGCCUGGCCAGCUGCGCCUGCCACAGACCUGGCCACGGGGGCUCCCUGGGGUGUCCCACCUCGUCCAGC